GCAAGGCCCAAAAUGAGCUCGGGAGCUUCAAAGGAUACUAACCAGGAUUAUAAAUAUUGGCAUGAUAGUUAUUUAAUUAAGCCGGAAAAAACAACUACUACUACAACUGCGGCUCCAUCAUCCCCUAAAGAAACCAGCGAAGAAACCAGCACACAAUCUAAUUUAGAAGAUAUUGUAAAACUCUCCAGUGAAAAGUCUUCUGAGGUCACCACUGAAACUACAUCAACCUUUCAAACAACUAGUGAAAAAGCCAGCACAACAUCAAGUACAGAAAUACCAAACUUCUCCAGUAAACAGACUACUGAGGACACCACUAAAACCUCUGAGAUUACUGAUGUAACGACCGAAAAAUCCACAUCUAAAGAGCCAAACGAAGAAUCGACUACCACUUUGGAGGUCACCCAAGAAGUUUCUUCAUCCUCAAAAGAGCCCAGCACAACAUCAAGUACCGAAACCCCUGAAAACUCUAGCGAACAGACUGCUGAGGUCACCACCGAGAAUUCCACCAGUACAACAAGUGAAGGUUCGGAAUCAAGCGAAGAGUCUGAUGAAGAUUUUUACAUUUACGACUACUAUUUUGAUAAUUAUUAUUCAAGCAAUGAAUACGCAGACUAUUAUUAUGACGAUUACUUAUUCUAGACGAAAUAGCAUUUUAUUUUUUGUCAAAACGGAAUUAAAUCAAAUAUGGAAUAUAACUGAAUUUAAAAUAAGUAAAAAUGAAGUGGUGUUUUUUAUAUAGUCUUGCCUUUUUCACCCUAUUGCUCACUAUAAGAGCAUUGCCUAUACCUAAAUCUCAGAUGGAAAUGGCAUUGGCCACCGAACCUGACAUGGACUAUCCUGAUAUUGAUUUUUGGGUGAUUUAAGUGUUUCAGAACAUUCUCUCCCGCUGUUUUUCGCCGCUACUCUUCAUCCUGGUUGGCUGCAUAUUUGCAAAAAAAAAUUUUAAUUAAAACAAACAAUAUGUUACCUAAAUUGUUGUUGCUGCUUCUGGGACCCGGACUUCUGUACAAAAUUGCAGUUUUUGGGGCCAGAGGCCGCGGCGAAGCGAGUUGUUGUUAAUGCAUUUACUCGGCUUAAUUAGUUGAGAUUUUACAUUAUUCAUACGCCACGUGUGACCAGCGGCCACCCACUUUCCGCCCACCCAGUGUGCUGAUGCCCGCCGUCUCCUUCUUUUCCUGACAGCAUCAUAAUUUUCACUUAAUUAAAGUUGUCGUUGUUGUGGGUGCUGAGUUUGAGGUUAGCCCGGGAGAAGUUAAAGAGUUGUCGAGGUGCAUUCUGGAAUAAAGUUCGGUGGAAGUGGUAAACACAUGGCUAAAGGCUCUGAA